AUGAGGCAAUUUGAUAGAAAUGCAAUCUUAGCCAUAGUUGCUUAUGCUGGUUAUUUAGCUUGCAUGCAAUAUAUGACUCGACAUGUGUCUCGUAUUGAAAGACCAACUACCCAAUCACAACGAUGUAAUGGAAAUCAAGUGCGCCGAGAAUUGAUGGCUCAAUUAGAAGCCCAUUAUAACGCACGCUCUGUAAUACGCAUGAGUUAUGAUGCUUUCACUCGAUUAGUUGCAAUACUUCGUGGAAGAGGACUUCUGAGGGAUAAUCAAUACAGUUUUGUUGAGGAACAAGUUGCUAAGUUUCUACAUAUUUUAAGUGGUCAAGGACGUGUUCGAUCAGAAAGUUUUUUCUUUCGUCAAUCUACUGAGACCAUUAGUCGUCAUUUCCACAAAGUUCUUAGAGCUUUAAUAACACUUCAAGAUCAAUUUUUAGUCCAACCAAAUGGUUCUACUAUCUCACCACAAAUACUCAAUAGUGGAGGAAGAUUCUAUCCAUACUUUAAGAAUUGUAUCGGUGCAAUAGAUGGAACACAUAUCCGAGUGAAGGUUUCAAAAGAAGAUGUGUCAAGGUAUAGAGGAAGGAAAAACUAUCCUACAAUGAAUGUCUUGGCAGCUUGUACUUUUGACUUGAAAUUCACGUACGUAUUACCUGGGUGGGAGGGCUCCGCUUCAGAUUCAAGAAUUUUAGAUAAUGCGUUAAGUAGAGAAGAUAAUCUAAAUGCCCCUCAAGGUAAGUUCUACUUGGCCGAUGCUGGAUAUAUGUUGAGAUUUCCAAUAUUAGCAGAAAUGUCUAGAUAUGAUGUAGAGACAGUGAGUGAAAUUGUUUUAGCAUGCUGCAUCUUGCACAACUUCUUAGUGGAUUUUGAUCCAGAUGAAGAAAUUAUUGCACAAGUUGAUAGGGAUCUCAUGAAUAAUGAGCCUGAUCAUGGACUUGCUAAUGGAGCAAUUGCUAGAGGAGAAGAUGGACGAAGGGGGGAAAUCUUAAGAGACCCUAUUGCCGCACAAAUGUGGAAUGAUUAUAUAACUAGACAUUGA